CGAUUUCUCAUACGUCGACCCUUUCUCAUGUCGACCCUUUCCCAUGCUGACCCCUUUUCAAUAGCCAUGAAAGGUGCGUCAAUAUAUAUUAGGUGGCGCCGACUAUUGUCUUGGUAUGCGCCGUGAUAUAUAUUCGCUGCACAGGAUGGCUAAGAUACAUUAUCACCGCAAACUCACCUGGUUAAAGUCUAGAACUUAGAUAAGGAUAAUGAGCAGGAUAAGUACUGACAAUGAGCCAUCCUGUUGAGAAUUCCUCCAAUUAUAAGUUUACCAUAGUAGCGUUGUCAUUCUCUGGCCUGCAUUCGUUACCAUCACCACCCACCUACCAAGAUGAUGCCUCGCCCUUUACCGAGUACUCGUCUCCUAGCUUUGCUGGGAGCCGUGGCCAGCACGUUCGCGUGCGUGAUCCCCGACGAGCCACUCUCGAAUAACAUCCCCGAGAAGUUCAGCAUCUUUGUUCAGAAUGCAUCCAUUCCGAUAGUUCAUAACCGCGUCAUGAACUUCCGGCCAAAUGGCGAGGAUAAACAUCUGGUGCUGCGCCCAAGUGGCGAGCCUACCUUUGACCUGAUGUAUCUUGAAAAUGGCCUUCUCCAAUAUGAAGGCCGUCAUGCCGUUAUCGAUCUUGAGUAUAACCCCGCCGAUGACACUACCAAGAUGUUUAUGACGGACCGGACUUUCCACCCAACCGCCAUCUUUCAGCCGGUAUACAGCUGUAAUCCGGACACGGAUGAGCUGCAAAUCGGACUGGAACUUGUGUCCCGCCUCACUGAUCCACCCGUGGUAGGUGGGCAGAUCGGCAUACAGACAGCGGGAGACACGUAUGAAUUCCGAUAUACACCUCCACAUAACGCUUUGCUCGACGCAAGGUUCAUGUCGGUUACAAUGGUGAUAUUCCGCGACGGCCUGAGCCCUCCUACUCCGAGCUCGACUGUUUCUAGCUCGACUAGUUCUGCUACCCCCUCUCAAUCUUCGACUUCCUCCUCGACCCAGUCGGCAACAAGCACAACGGGAUCUACAAUACCAACCGACCCAGCAAGUUUUCCGCCGGUCGGUAACUACAACUUUGUAUCCUGCUAUGCCGAGCCACCUACCGGUCGAGCACUUCCCGCCACAUAUGCCAGUGCUGAUGAUAUGACGCUUGAAAAAUGCGCGGCACUCUGCUCUCGCUACCCGUACUUCGGCACCGAGUGGAGCCGAGAGUGUUGGUGCGACGAGGAACUGACAGCGGGAUCAGCUCCAGUUCCAUUGUCUGAGUGCAACUAUCCAUGCAUCGGUGACACAACGGAGAUAUGCGGCGGCUCACAACGUCUCUCGCUCUACCACAACGACAACUGGACUGGUCCGCAGCACCCGAAUAACGUCAACGACUUCGAGUUGUACGGCUGCGUCACCGACAGUCCAUCGCACCGUACAUUAACGGAAAUUUCGUUUGCGAGCCCUGGUAUGACAUUAGAGGCGUGUGCCGAUUUCUGCAGCGAUUAUCAGUACUUCGGAGCUGAGUGGAGCAUUGAGUGCUGGUGCGGAAAUGAUUUCACUGAAGGGGCCGGCCAGGUUGACAUCAGCCAGUGCAGUAUGACUUGUGGAGGGAAUAGGGACCAGCUGUGUGGGAACGCGGAUCGAUUAAGCGUUUACCAACUGGCAGCGAUAUAAUUUGUUUUUGGGAUAUACCUGGUGGGCAGAGGGUAGUUUGCUGAAGGACUGAAUUCACUGAAACAAGUAUGUAGAGGUUAAGUUUACUAGCCUCCGGGGGGGACGAAAUUGAAUUACGUUUCUUGGC